UCAGUACUAUACAUAGACACACAGGUUCUCUUGUUUCCACACUCUGCUCUGUUAGGACCUGAUAUCAACCUGGAUGAUAUAUAUAAAGUGAGGUUUUAUAUGUGACAUAUGAUGUGGCCCCUGUAUGAUUUAGGGCCCCUUCUUCUCCCAUAAAGGCUGCAGCAGGACUAUUCUCCUCCAGCUGAUCCAGGUGUCUCCUCUUCUCCUGAAUGACCCCCAAGGAUGGACAAGGACAGGAAUGAGAUGACUAAGAGAAUAUUACACUUCACCUUGGAGAUCCUCCACCUGCUGACCGGAGGGGAUUACACCAUAGUGAAGAAGACAUGGGGGGAGUGUGUGGCCCCCAGCAGCCAUCUCCAGGAGUCAGGAGGAUGGAGCAGGACCCGCGGCCCCAUCACCGAGCCUUCACCUCACUCACUGAUACAUGAGGAGAAGAUCCUAGAACUCACCCACAGGAUCACUGAGCUGCUCACUAGAGAGGUUCCUAUAAGGUGUCAGGAUGUGGCGGUCUAUUUCUCCAUGGAGGAGUGGGAGUAUGUAGAAGGACACAAGGAUCUGUACCAGGACAUGAUGGAGGAUCACCGGCCCCGAACAUCACAAGAAAAUCCCAGUAAGAAUUCUGAGGGAAACUUCAUGUUAUCCCUGAAUAAUAAAGGAGAUGGAGAGAUCGUGGAGCGCUCCUCAGGACAAGAUGGAGAGAUCAUGGAGCGCUCCUCAGGAGAAGAUGGAGAGAUCAUGGAGCGCUCCUCAGGAGAAGAUGGAGAGAUCAUGGAGCGCUCCUCAGGACAAGAUGGAGAGAUCAUGGAGCGCUCCUCAGGACAAGAUGGAGAGAUCAUGGAGCGCUCCUCAGGAGAAGACCUCCUUACCCCUAAUGUCCAUCCAGAUCUAUCAUAUAAUAAUCCCCCUGAUCAUGUGGAACCUUCUCCUGACCAACCACACAUUGUUACCACAAGGACAGAUCCAAAAAAUGAAGAUUAUCAUUGUGAUGAAUGUGGAAAACAAUUUAUUAAAAGAUCAGGUCUCAUUACACACAGAAAAAGUCACUCUAAAAAGGUGUAUGUGUGUUCAGAAUGUGGGCAACGCUGUAUAACGCAAUCACACCUUGUUAUACAUAAAAGAAGUCACACAGGAGAGAAACCAUAUUCAUGUUCAGAAUGUGGGAAAUGUUUUACGAGUAAAUCACAGCUUGUAAUGCAUGACAAAAGUCACACAGGCGAGAAGCCGUAUUCAUGCAAAGAAUGUGAGAAAUGCUUUAAACGUCAAUCACAUCUUGUAUUACAUGAGAGAAUUCACACAGGUGAAAAGCCAUAUUCAUGUUCAGAAUGUGGGAAAUGUUUUACAAGUACAUCCGAUCUGGUUAUGCAUGAGAGAAGGCACACAGGGGAGAAGCCCUUUUCAUGUUCAGAAUGCGGGAAAAGCUUUAAACGUAAAUCACAUCUUGUUAUACAUGAGAGAAGACACACGGGAGAGAAGCCGUAUUCAUGCUCAGAAUGUGGGAAGUGUUUUUCAAGUAAAUCAAACCUUGUUAUCCAUGAGAGAAGUCACACAGGAGUGAAGCCAUAUUCAUGUUCAGAAUGUGGGAAAUGUUUUACAUAUAAAUCAGAUCUUGUUAUACAUAAGAGAAAUCACACAGGGGAAAAGCCGUAUUCAUGUUCAGAAUGUGAGAAAUGUUUUACAAGUCAGUCACAUCUUGUUAAACACGAGAAAAGCCAUGUUCCUGUUCAGAAUGUGGGAAAUGUUUUUUUAAAUAAAUCGCAAUUUUCUGGACAUGCGAGAAUUCACACAGGAUACUGAUCGCUGCCAAGGAGUACAGUGUAGUCAGGUGUCUUUAAACACUUCUGCUUUAUGUUGCAUUUAUGUUUUUUGAUGCUUUGUAUCAUUGUUUCUUUAUCCAUGUUGAUUAAUAAAUUACAAUUUUUGUGCAUUCUAUUGUGAUUUGUGUGCAAUUCAUAUGCCAGCUGUU